ACUUGUAAUGUCGGUAAAAUGAUGUUGUUAUGAAUGUUCAUCAAACAUGUCGCUUGUAAACUCACAUGUUCUAGCGAACGAUGUUGGAAACGAUAAUAAUGAAAUUUCUGCAAAACAGGACGAUGCGGUUUCGUCUCAGGUGCGGACGGUGCAGCAAGUCAUACGACUCACUCGUGAAAACUUGGAUGAGCUUGAUCGACAUUUCAAAGGUGUUAGGCAUCCCCCGUCAAUGUUUUUAGAGGAAUACGAAGAACUCCAGACAAAGCUUACACAACUUCGGUUUAAAGAAAAGGAGCUGUUGGAAUCAAGGUUACCAUAUAACAGUGAUUAUCAUCCAGUUUCUUCGGAUCAACCUACUGACACUGAGAGUGUACCGUCAUGUACCACUCCUACCUCAUCCAGUUCAAGAACUAGCUCAACCACAUGUGACGUCCCAGGCUCUCCUGUCACACAUGCUCAUGUCAGAGUUUAUCUCCCAAAUAAGCAGCGAACAGCUGUGAAACAUAAACCUGGAACCACUAUCGAAGAUGCGCUCAGUAAGGCAAUGAUGAUGAGAGGGUUAUCUACAGAUAUGUGUUUUGUUGUUCGCCACCUACCAUCUGACCGUACCAAAAAAGAAAUUUCAUGGAAUACUGAUCUUUCAGAGUUGAACGAAGGGGACGAGAUAUCAGUGGAAAAGCGUGGUAACAUUCCGAUAUCGAGUAGUAUCUCACACAACUUUAUGAGGAAAACAUUUUUUACCUUGGCAUUUUGUGACUCGUGCCGCAAGCUUCUUUUUCAAGGAUUUCGGUGUCAAAUCUGUGGUUAUCGCUUUCAUCAAAGAUGCGCAGCUAAUGUUCCUUUUAUAUGUCUCGCUGUACAACAGGACAAGGUUUAUGAAUUUCUUGUGAAUAUUAACAACCGGGAAGAAGAAGCAAACUUCAAUGAUCGAGGAAAUACGGAUAAUCUCAUAUCCAGGGAGCGGUCAAUAUCUGCACCGAAUGUUCAUAAGAUUGGCUUACCAGACGCCGAGAAAACAUUCCAGUACCCAAAAGAUCCAUCAGCGACUAUUUCAGUUGCUGUUGCAUCUCGACUUGGAGUAGAGAAACCGAACACUCUAAAUCCAAAUGUAGAAUCGCUUCCUCACUUAUCUGACGUAUUCGACGGUAGACCAGAGUCGAUCAGCAAUUUCUCUUUGCGUUCUGGAAGCCAUAUUGUGUUACCCGAACGACCGAUGACGCCAAAUCUCGGCGCAACUCGUCCUACUGCUCGGUUUAAAUCCCGCGCGAAAUCUUCAUCUGAAGUGAGGGAACAGCGACCACGUCAUAAUUCGAACGAUGACUGGGAAAUUCCAGAAGAAGAAGUGGAAAUGGGUGAAAGGAUAGGGUCCGGUUCAUAUGGGACGGUUUUCAAAGCGCAAUGGCAUGGCACAGUUGCUGUAAAACGACUAAAUAUAACCGAUCCUACACCUGCCCAGCUUCAAGCCUUUAAGAACGAAGUGGCUGUAUUACGAAAAACGAGGCAUAUUAACGUGUUACUAUUUAUGGGAUGUAUAUCGAAACCGUCCUUAGCGAUAGUCACUCAAUGGUGCGAAGGUUCGACGUUGUAUCGACAUCUUCACGUAAACGAAUCAAAAUUUGAGAUAUUACAACUAUUGGAUAUUGGCAGACAAACAGCCCAAGGAAUGGAUUAUCUCCAUGCGAAAUCAAUCAUUCAUCGAGAUUUGAAGUCAAAUAAUAUCUUUCUUCAAGAAGAUUUAACGGUGAAGAUUGGCGACUUUGGUUUGGCAACCAUAAAAUCAAGGUGGAGUGGGCAGAAUUUUGAACAACCAUCAGGCUCGAUAUUGUGGAUGGCUCCCGAAAUAAUACGGAUGAAAGAAUCUCAUCCUUAUUCCAACAAGUCCGACGUCUAUGCUUAUGGCAUUGUGUUGUAUGAACUAACUUCCCGAACUCUUCCCUACGCAAAUAUUGGAAACAAAGAUCAAAUAUUGUACAUGGUGGGAAGGGGUUUCCUAAGAGUGGACCUUACUAAGAUACGAUCUGACACCCCAAAAUCUUUAAAACGAUUGUUAAUGGACUGUAUAAACUACCACAGAGACGAACGUCCGCUGUUUCAACAGAUUCUCGCUGAGAUGGACUCCUUAAUUCAAUCGCUACCGAAAAUUCAUCGCAGUACGUCGGAACCAAUUUCAUUAAAUCGAACUCGUUUCUCCUCAGAAGACGGUGUAUUUCUAAGUAAUGGUUCACCAGACACGCCUAUUCACAGUCCUUAUAUUGGAGCGUUUCCCUUAUUUCAAGGUGUAAAUAUAAAUUCACAUUACUGAUCACCUAAACAGUGUGAUUCGGAAUUGGAAGAUUGUUAGAGCCAAAACCUAGUGAUGGCUGAUUGCGAGAAGCACAUUAUUGGCAUUGUUGUCGGUCAAUAAGUCUGUCCGAUAUGACUGCAACCCGAGGACAAAUACGUUGAUGGGCACAGAAUCACUCUCAACACCGCGGAAAAAUAUCUGCGUGCACGUUAUCCUGGUCGGUACAUGUUACUGGUAAAUGUUUGAACAGGCUGUUUCGAACCAUCACAAAAACUCGAAAUGAGAAAUAAAAGGAAGAUACUCCAUUGUGUGUCUCUACCACUGAUAUGAAUAAACCUGGAUCACCCAUCCAGUAAAGACAUACCUGCAUGGCUAUGGUCAGAUUUCGGGCACAUAAACAAACAUAAUAUACUUAACAGUCAAAUACAGUCAGAUAGUUCAAGAAAUAGAAGAAAUUGACGUAAUGGUGACUGUUAACAAAUAUUGUAUCAUCGAAAACGUUUUUGUUUAUCCACUGAGCAACUUCUUUUCACCUCCGAUACGUUUUUCCGCUAGAUAAAGGAGAUUGGCACGUUCGUGUUAAACUUUGGGAUUGUCCCUUUCAAUCUCAGUUGGUUAAGAAACCUGGUUUUCUAAGAGUUCUCUUAACUUUUAAAAUUUUGUUAUGAAAAUUUUGCGAAAGUUCAAAGUCGUCUCAAAUUGUCAGCAAAAACAAGUAAUAUUAUUUUAUACUUAAGUUCACUACAUAUUUUUAUUAUUUGGCACACGUGCAGACAUUUUUCCGCGUUGAAUUGAAGUUUAUAAGUUCACGGCAACCAGGGACCAGUUGUAUAAAAGACACGUUAACUUUUAACUGUAUAGUUAAGGAAAGAAUCGGACAAUCAGAGUCGUGUAUUUCUGAGUUAAGUAGACCGGCAUCGCAAAAGCGUAGGUUCGAUGACCUAUUGUUGACUUAUUUUCCCUUCCACUUUUCCUGGCUUGAAUUUGAAGUGUGUAUAAUUCCACUCAAAAUUAAGACCCUUGAAACCUCUAGAGUUUACGUGCAUGGAGUAAAGUGCCAAAAAUCACAAUUGAUUUACCCUCACCUAUACAAAAUGUAGUUAAAGAGUUUUAUACAACUGUUCCAUGCAGGUUUAUAAUCCAUCGCAAUUAUCGCUACUCUGGUCUAAUUAAUGAAAGUAAUCACCAUACGAAGAUCACUUUCACGACCCACUAGACCGGAGUGUCCCUGGUGAAGACACUAGAACGGAGUGUCCCUGAUGAAGACACUAGACUGGAGUGUAGAAACGUUGGGUCGUGCAUGUAAUCUUCGUUUGGUGAUUACUUUCAUUAUUUAAACCGGAGUAGCGAUAAUUGCGAUUUUCCCGCGUUGUCACGUCUACCAUAAGGUGAACAAUUUUAAAUGCACAAAUGUAUGAGGACUCACAUAAAAGCCUUAAGCAGCGAAUGUACACUUACAGUUUCAGCAGAUAUUUGUCCAAAAAACCUCGGAUGGUUUAUAUAGUGAUAGGAGAGUUUUUUAAACAUCGAAGUGUAAUUUAGAGAUUUUAAUCUUAAUUGUAGACAGUAUGGCGUAACAAAUGAGCUAUCCAGUAGUUCAAUUAAUUUGAAUUAAUAUUCGAUACGAGUGAAUGAAUCGUAAUCAAUAUUUAUAUUAUUGGUUGUACAUACGAUUUAGUUUGGAUUACGGCUCAUUUCAUCUUAACCUUGCUCAUUUAAACAUGACUAGAAAUACAUGUAACUGAAUGGUAGUUACUACCUUUCAAAACUGAUAUAUUUACAGAGAGUUUUUGUAUAAAGAAAUCAACUGUGUAAAAAAAUGUGGCCGGGUCGUAUACGUAUUGGGUGCAUGAGAACAAAAUUUCACGAAUUCCACGUCGAUUCGACGUGAGGACUAAAGAUGGUGCCAAGGAGUAAGAAUGUGCAUUUUUGGACCACACGCUAAUUUAUUAUUUCGUGCAUACAGAUUAUGGUAU